AUGGCUUCACUACUGAAAUUGGUGUCAUCAAAUGUUUUCUCCAUUGCAAAUCGUGGUUUAUUUCUUCAAGCUCCGAGUUACAUAAAUACUCAAAUUGCGUGUACCGCAAAUGUGUCGACAUACAAUAAGAUUGUGCAAAAGUUGGGCAUUCCAGAGCCUCCCAAGAAGCCAAUGACAGGUUUCAUUCGAUUUGCACAAGACAGCCGAGAUUCAAACAAAGCAUCAUCAAAAUCACAAACUGCUCUUACCGUACUUGCUGCCGAACAGUGGAAACAAUUGAGUGAUGAACAAAAGGAGAAGUACAAUGGGGCCUACAAACAGGAAUAUGCUGAAUAUCGUAAACGCUAUCUCGAGUACAUCAAUAAGUUAACACCGGAGCAGAAGAAGGCCAUCAAAGCUGAGCGAAAACUUUUGAGAGAAAAUAAAAAAAUCGCAGCAGAGAAGAAAACAUUGAAAGAUGAAUUACGCGCUUUGGGCAAACCGAAAAAGCCUGAAAGUUCAUUUACAUUAUUUGUUUCGGACCAAUUUAAAAAUCCAAAUGUUGUUACUAAAAAAGCAUCUGAUUUGAAGGAUAAUUGGGCUAAAUUGUCUGAUAACGAAAGACAAGCAUAUAAACAAAGAGCCCAACAGUCGCGUGAUAAAUAUGAAGGUGAACUCAAAGCAUGGGAAGAUAAAAUGAUGACAGAAGGAAAGGCUCAUUUGAUACGAAAGAUUCGGUUUUUGACGAAAAACGAUGAGGAGGGAAAACGUCGCAAAAAACAGAAAACCGAAUAG